AUGGCUCCAAAGGUUCAACAAACUAAGGCUGCUAAGGCCGCUGCCGCUUUAGCCGGUGGUAAGAAGGGUAAAAAGAAGUGGAAUAAGGGUAAGGUUAAGGACAAGGCCCAGCACGUUGUCAUCUUGGACCAGGACAAAUACGACAGAAUCUUGAAGGAUGUCCCAACUUACAAGUUCGUUUCUGUCUCCGUCUUGGUUGAUAGACUUAAGAUCGGUGGUUCCGUUGCCAGAGUUGCCUUGAGACAAUUGGAAGACGACGGUAUCAUUGCUCCAGUCUUGAAGCACUCCAAGCAAGCCAUCUACACCAAGGUCGAAUAA